AUGAAGAAAAGUGUCCGAUGGUCAACCGUUACAGUGUACGAGUUUGGCGUCGGUUUGGGUGGUAGUGCAGUGCCUAAACACGGUGGACCUUCUGUCGGUCUUGCAAGAAAACCUCGCUGUAUAUGGAGCACGUUUCUGGAUGACGUCGUGGUGAUGAAGAAGGAAGAGGACGAGACGGCAUUGACGCCCUCGAGGACGAUCAACUGUGACGGGAAGAAAGUCGUCCGGGAUAAGCGGACAACGAGACGUCGCAAGGUGCGCUGGAUGAAGCCUUUGGAGCGUGUUACGAUGCUUACGAAGGCUGGCUGCAGCGAGAAACGCAUCUACCGGAUGAUGAUGGAGUCGUCAGAGAUUGCCAUGUCUCGACGUCUGACGCUCCGAGUUCUGGACAUUUAG